UUGAAGAAACCACGUGAUGCUUUUUACUUCCUCUGACAGUUAGGCCUCUCUGCGUCUCUUCUUUUGUGAUCUGAGACAUACAGAGAUGGCGGGUACAAGAAUCACGAACCUGCAGAGUACCGUGAAACCAGGGAUUCAGGCUCCACAGCGCAGCGCAGCGACACAGGGAGCCGUGCAGAUGCGCAUUAAAAACUCUCCGAGCUCCGGAGACCGUCUGAGUCAGUCCAAGUCGAUGGUGCUGCAGGAGACCGACCUUCCUCAGAAACCUAUCUCUCGACAUCGCAGGAAUCAGUCUCAGCACAAUGUUGUGGUAGCAGGAGCUGCUACAUUUGAAGCUCUGGUAAUUACAACCUAUAUAAUCAUUACAUUCCUCCUGUUUUCGAAAAGUUCCUUCACAGAUUCGGUUUAAUCUCCUCUCUCCACAUCUGACUCCCCCCACAUUCACUCCUCUGUAAGAUGAUCUUACUUUGU